AUGCGAACACUGGAGAAAGAAAACCAAGGUGUAUCAUUUGAGCUGAAAACAGAGGCGUUGAGUAACAUGGAUGAUCUGAUGAUCCUACAACUGAAUUAUGUGAAAAUGAAUGGGUCUGAUGAGAAUUUCCCAACACAAUUAAGAUGGUUGUGUAUGCAUGGGUUCCCUUUAAAGUAUAUACCUUUAGAGUUGCGGAUGGAUAAUCUAGUUGCUCUUGACCUGUCUUAUAGCAAAAUUGAAUCAUUUGACGUUCGUUAUACUAAUCCAUCACGACCAGAGAAGAAGCAAAAGUUAGAUGGAUCGUGCUCCAAAGAGAAAAAGUUGCUUGGAUCAUUGAAGAUUCUUGAUUUAAGUUUUUGUGAACAACUUCGUAGGGUGGGUGGCUUUGAUGGACUUCAUGCACUUGAGAGGUUAAUACUUACAAAUUGCAUUCAUUUGCUUGAGGUUUGCGAAUCAAUUGAGCAAUGUGCCGAACUUGGUCUACUUGAUCUGAGCUACUUCAAAACACUUAAAAAACUUCCAAGAACCAUACGGAUGCUAAAGAAGGUUAAAACACUUUCGCUAGAUGGUUGUAAUCUUGGUGAAUCUCAAACCAAGAUUAGUGAUAUGGAUUCCGUCAUUUUGGAGGCUAUACCAAAUGAUCAAAAGUUCUUUAUGAUUUCUUUACCGAGGUCUUUAGUAAGCUUGUCAUUUGAAAAUGCUAAUUUAUCCAACGAAUCCUUUCCCAUGGACUUCAGUUGCCUCUCCAUGUUAAAGGAAUUAUAUCUGGAUGAAAAUCCGAUCGUAUCCUUGCCCAAUUGUGUGAGAAACCUUCCUAGACUUGUGAUACUCAGUAUGAAAAAAUGUAAAUUACUGAUGUCAAUUGAGAAUCCUCCAUAUACACUAGCAUUUUUAGACAUCUAUUCUAUCUCAGAACAUAAGCCUUUGCUACAAAAAGUUUCAUUUGUUCCAGAAAUGUCCCCUCUCGAGUUAUCAUUGGGGGGUGGGAACUCGUUAGCACCUUCAUCGCUUGAAAUUGAAGGCAUGGUCAAAAUUCAACCAAUGACAAGUGUUCAGGAAAAGGUGUUGCAUGUUUUGGGCUGGACUAAUUUAGACUUCACUGAUGAGAGUCGUGUGGGAACUUAUUUUUUGCUUAGAGGACCAGAGGAAUCUGAAAUCCAGAUGUACUACGAAUUUGGAAUAUUUAGCACAAUUUAUGGGGGUGAAAAGAUGCCAAAUUGGAUUAGUAGUAGAAGCAAGGGGCCAUCAAUAUCUUUUACCAUCCCAUCAUCUCCUAACAAUCUCAGGGGAUUGAAUUUCUGCUCUGUGCAGAAGUCUCCAUUUAGGAAUAUUGAUGAUUUCCUUAGUUUACCCCUGAUAAUAAUUAGUAAUAGAACAAAGAAACAGACAUGGAUAUACGAACAUUACAUUCAUAAUGUGAGUGUAGGUGGAGGGUGUGCAAUAUUGUUGAGCCAUUGGAUGUAUGGGAUGAAGGAAAUGGAAGAUGGAAAGAGGGAUGAAGAAGAAGAUGCUUUAGGUUCUUACAAAUCAUGGAAUCACAUCAUUGGUGGAGAUCUCACUGGAUUUGAGUUGACAACAGGAGAAUACAUCCUACACAAUGAACGAUUUUUGGUGCAUGGCACUGAAGUGAAUCUAUAUCAUCUUCCACUUGUUGGAGAUGGCGCCAUCUUUAAAGGUUAG